AUGCUGACGCUCCUAGACCUUCCCGUAGACAUACUAUGGCGACUCCCUCUCUAUGUCGACAACAUCGAAACGCUCAUCAGCUUAGCGGGCACCUGUCGCAAGCUGCGCUCCGUCUGCUCCAGCACCCUCCCACAGACAAUCUUCCAGCUAGCCGCCGCCUCCGCUCCGACAUUCUUCUCCCCACACCCCCACUUUCUGGUCAUGGCUGUGGCCCCGCAAAUCCGCGACUGGGCCCUUGGCAACGAGGAGAAUAGCCGCCGCCUCCGCUUGGCAUUCCAGGGCGGCAUCGAGGGUCUGUACAAGUUUUGCGUGAACGACAAGAGCCUCAACGCCGGGCUCACACUCGACAGGAUCCGAACGCUCUAUGAAGCCCGCUUCACGGUUAUUAACCCUUUCGCGGACAAAAUCGACAAAAUGGCCGGCAACCAGUGGUACGAAGCGGAAAACUUUUGGAGCGGCGGCGUCAGCGAGCCUGACACUGUCUAUUCCGAUUCGAACCGCGCGGCGAUGCAGAUUAUCAUCUACGGCGAGCUGUUUGGGAGCAGCAUGCGUCCGUUUCUGGAGUCAGGAGCUAGAGGGCACGGGACCGGUUCGGGUUCCGGUGCCGGUUCGGAUUCGGAUUCGCCUCUGCCGUUUUUUGAUCUGGAAACCCGGCUCGACUUUAUCAAGUACUGCGUCCCAGACUCGGUGUGCCAGGACUAUCCGGGCUUGCAUGUGCUACCUGUCGGGCCCUAUGCGCCGGAGAACAGGGAAGAUUUGCCAGCUGAUCAAUAUGCACUGCGACAUAUUUUGGGGUGCCGAAGGUGGCGUCGCUUGUGGGCGGAUGCGAUGGCGAUGGUAGGUCCACUUUUUGCGGCGUGGGAUGCGGAGAAAGGUCCCUGGGACGAAGAACAACCGGGCGGCGAAGUUGAAGGAGUAUGGAGAUUGAAAUUGUUCAGAAAUGCGCUGCAGACUAUGGGGCUUGAGGGGAUGCAGCUGGUGACUUUGCCGCGGGAGAAGAUAUCUCCCGACGUCUUAGCGAAAGCACGCAGGAUGCGAGAGCAGAUUGAAGUGUUGCGGGAGCCGCCGCCGGUGUAUACCGUUGGCCAUUACCUGAGGGCUUCGGUUUCACAGGCGCCUGAUCCGGCGCAGGACAUUUACGUCUGCAUGGCGGCAUACUGGCCCGGGACUGAUUAA